AUGUUGGCCGCUACAGUCGCAGGGAUGACUUCGGAGGGCGGUGGCGCUGUUUCAUUUCCAAUAAUGACAUUAGUACUGCACAUAAAUCCUGAUAUCGCUCGUGACUUUGCAUUAAUGAUACAAUCUAUUGGCAUUUUCACUGCAAUCGCUGGCAGUGGUGUGGAUAUUUGUACAUUUUCUGUAAUUACUCUACUUUUCCGGGUUAGUGAAAAGACCGCAACACCGACGACUGUUAGCUUGAUGGCUGUAAAUGCUAUUUUUGGAUUUUAUUGGAGGGCUGUGAUUCAAGGUGGGAUUGCGCCGAUAGCGUUUGAAUACCUGGCAGUCUGCAUACCAGCUGCAGUCACAUUUGCACCACUCGGCUCAUUUCUGGGAUCACAUUUUCAUCGUCUGGUCCUUGCAUUCCUGAUCUACAUUCUCGAAGCCCUUUCCAUAAUUGGCUUCCUUUUCACCGGCCCACCGAUCCGACUGAUUCUGAUAGGAAUCAUGAUAAUUCUAUUCGGGUUCGGCUUCUUCUCCCUGCUGAGCUAUCUGGGACGCAAAAUCUUAAUGGGGGUGGAGGAGCGGCGGUCAAAUAAGAAGCCGGUUGUGGUGCUGGCAAUGGACGAGGCCAAAGUG